AUUCCCACGAGCUCUUCUGCGAGAGGUCCCGGGUUCAAUCCCCGGACAGCCCCCAUCACAUGAUUAUUUUUUUGGCGUUCCAACCCCUGAAUUGCUAGGGUUCGCACUGUCGCGAAUCUUUUUAGAGUUGCCAAACGCGACGUUAUCGGCGGUAAAUAUUGACAAUCCUGCACUUUGCUGCUUGGCGAUUGGAUGCCCCCUUUUGCAAACAGAGAAUAGUGAGAUUUAAGAGAGCAAAAAAUGGCUCUUCAAUCCCACAGACAAUAAAUAGCCCUCGAUGCCUCCAAUUCGUAAUUGGCUUUGACCUACUUGGGAUGAUUGGGCGAACCUGCACGUGCUCGAUUUCAGCUCUCUCGAUUUCAGCUCACGAUAUGACACUCGAGCCACUCAGCAGAGCCUGGUCUCAUCCAUUCCUCAAAUUUAAAGGCCUAACCAAACCAACUGCCCGUCCCACAUCUCAGCCACAAUGGACGAGGCUAUUGCCGGGUCGGCAGCCACGGCAUGCGACUGCGACGACGGCAACCAAUUCUCGCGCGCCAACGUUUUUGGCAUGUUGCUCACACUGCAAAUCUGCCAGCUCACGCAGCCGUACGGCAGCCUCCUGUUUCGCGGGCUCGGCGGCUUCCUCUGGCGCGUCAACCCCGUCUCGUCGCUCGUCGAGGCCUGCAUCGUCUUCUGGUAUCCCAGCAAGGUGGCAUAUCACUCCCGGUCGCAGAGUUGGGUUGGCGUCCUGGAGAGACUCCAGUAUACUGCGGCCGCGCUGCUGCUGCUGCGGGCCACGAUAGCCGGCGAGAGCGACGGAGGACUCAUGGAGAGGCUCCUGACAGGCAGCUUCUUAGACCGAGACGUCCCAGACCCGCCGCCUCGCCCCGGAUUCGGUGGUCCAGACGAAGGCUCAGGCUCUUCGACAGCGCACGGCCAAAACUCGCCAUCGGGCUUUGUGCGACGCCGAACCACUGAGCCCGAGGCCAACAUGCCCCCUGGUGCUCACGGACCCGAAUCUCGUUGGACUUCCGAAGAUGCAGCCACGGAGAAGUCGCGGAUUCUAAACCAGGCCCUCGGCUCGAACGCGCUUGCCCGUCGUGAAAGCCGCAUCGACCUGGUCGCGGGCAUAUCCGUUCUCCUGGUAAUGCUCAAACUGGUCGCAAUCCAGCACGGGAGCCGGAUGUUCACGACCCUGUGUCUGUUGAUGAUUGCGGGGUGGGCGGCAAUCCAGAUCCUUCUCCUGCUCCUCCAUUCCCGCUCCAUGGACGAGAUCGACAUGGCCAUCGUGGUCCGGACCACGCGGACCCUCAACCACAGCCUCGCCGGCGCUGAAGACAACUGGCUGUAUCUCUACAUGGCCUUCCACCUCCCCUUCUUUGGCUAUCCGAGCUACCUGUUCGCAUUCGGCGACUGGGAUCCCCAGAGCCAUUCGGGGUUUCUCCAUGUUUUGUUGACCGUGUGGUAUGCCGUUGUCUACGUCGUAUCCUCCUUCGCUUUCGUCAUAUUGUGGCCCAGCUUGAUUUUUGGCUGGAUCGCACUUCUCACCGGCUCACUCGACAACACUUCCAAAUAUUUCUGGAAACGGCUACUGUUGUUUAUUUUCUGGCUCUUUCCCAUGACCACGGCCAUGGUAUUCUCCACUGUCCAUUUCACGGAAAAGGCCAAGCACAUUCUCGGUUCCAACAACAUUUUUCCCAAGAUAGGGGCCAAGGACUUUUAUAUUUUCCAGUUCCUUUUAGACUAUGAUAUACCUGGCCUGCAGUUCCUCUUCCACGACGUGUUCGACCAUGUCUCAAGUGUUCUCCUUUUUGCUCUUGCUCUGGGUCUGAUGGUCUUUUUGUACUCUUUUCUUUUCGUCCCGUGGCCCACCAAGAUCGACCCACCGAGAUCAUUGCGAGUGUGGGCAUCGAUCGGCAACACUUUGUUUGGCGGAGCUGCCUUCUUGUUCGUCCUGUUGUGCUAUGAUCCCCAAAACACGUACCAGCCAGACUGGACAGAAUGGCUGGGAUAAGAUAUCCAUUUGUGACGUUAAUGGAGAAGGCCACCAGCUCCCAGCCAUUUCGGGUGUCCGAGUCAUGUUAGUUCCCUCUUAACAAUAAAUUAUCCGCUCCUAAAUUAUCCGCUCCCAUAAGGUCUAGCCAGGUCCACACCCGGCAAGCUCCCUACCUAUUUAUUCACUUACUACUAUGCAGGAAUUAUAAGCAACUUGC